UCAUACAUACUAACACAGACUCCCACAAGAGGGCAUGUAAGUUUUUGAGCUCCCAACUAUUCUGCUCCUGUUUCUACCAGCCUUCUCCCUGAAUAGUCAAAAGGGCUUGGCAUGCCAUAGCCAAAGCGGAACAGAGAGGGGACGCACAAAUGCUACAAGACCAUAAAGAAUGUAUUUUAUGGGCCAUCUUUGGCCUAUGGGCCAAUAACUUGGAUAGAGUUAUCCUGAAUACGAAAAAAUGUGAUCUUGGAGACAACUGAGGUUCAGUGAGCGCUUGCCGAUCUUUCGGGCUGCUGCCUUGCAGUGAAGCCUUAAGUCACAGUUCUGGGACUAAGGUCCUGGCAGACCAUGGAACCUCACUACCCUUCACUCUAAUCAGGAUCCCAGAAUAAGUCUGGUCUGAAAUUAGACCAGGCACGAGAGAAAACCUUCUGUGUUAAUGGAAAGAGGAAAGGAGAAAAGGAUUUCCAACAAACUGCAACCAAUGUUCUACCACUCUAAAGAGUCUACCUUCCUGAUCAACCAAGCUGUGCUGUCCAGUGACUCCCACUGUAACCUUUUGCCAAAAGUAGAGUGUAUCAGCCCUGGUGAAAAAAUCCAGACAAGGGCUCAGCCAAAUAGACCUGGAACAGUGAUACUUUCAAAACAGUCAAGGAAAACCAUGUCCGAAGGCCAGCCUCGCCCCCCUGUAAUACUGUCCCGCAGGCCUGCAUUCCAUGUGUGCUACAUCUGUGGACGAGAAUUUGGGUCACAGUCACUUGCCAUUCAUGAGCCCCAGUGCUUGGAGAAGUGGCAUAUUGAAAACAGCAAGUUACCCAAGCACCUCAGGAGGCCAGAACCCUCCAGACCACAGCCUGGUGGUGGCAGUGGGGCCUAUGGACUUCAGGCAACAAAUGAGGCAGCAUUUCAGAGCGCCCAGGCUCCGCUGGUGUCCUGUGAGUCCUGUGGCCGCACAUUCUUGCCAGAUCAUCUCCUUGUUCACCAGAGAAACUGCAGGGCAAAGGGUGAGGAUCCCAGAACAGAAAACCUCAACAGUUCUGACGAUCUUUCUGGCUUCAGGAAAACUUCAAGUGGUGUCCCAGCCAGACCAAGGACUGUCAUCUGCUACAUUUGUGGGAGGGAAUUUGGCACCCUGUCCCUUCCUAGUCACGAGCCCAAAUGCCUGGAAAAGUGGAAAAUGGAAAAUGACAGGCUCCCUAGGGAGCACCGCCAGCCACUCCCACAGAAGCCUGAGACCCUUGCAACUGAGCAGUCUAGCCAGGAGGGCUCGAGUCAAGCCCAGCAUGUGCCCUGCACAAACCAUAGCCAGACCUUUGCCCCCAAUAGCCUUGAUGGCCUUCUGGAACACCAGAGGAGUUGUAAAGCUCAACCUACUGUACCAAAAGUUCAGAAUUUGACCUUGAGAAGCAAAGGAGACCUAAGUGCUCCCACCAAUUCCAGGGAGCAGAAGAACACGGCAGCACCCAGUGUCCCUGAUAAGUCAACAAUGAUAAGGCAUCCACCAACAGUUGUUUGCUACAUCUGUGGUCGUGAAUAUGGAACAAAAUCCAUUAGCAUCCAUGAGCCACAAUGCCUAAAAAAGUGGCAUAAUGAGAACAACUUGUUGCCUAAAGAGCUAAGGAGACCAGAACCUAAAAAAGCAGAAGUCAGGACCAUUACUGCCAAAGGGUUCUACGAUCUCAAUGCCUUAAAUGAAGCUGCUUGGACAAGUGCCCAGAGCCAGUUGGUUCCCUGCAAUAUUUGUGGGCGUACCUUCCUGCCAGACAGGCUGAUUGUUCACCAGCGAUCUUGUAAACCAAAAGCUGCCAAGUAAAGCCCUUUUCUCUCCUUUGAA